AUGGAUGACCCCGCCAUGAUUGUGGCAGAACAGACGAAACUGGCCAACGAGUACAAAACGCUGGCCAGGGCAUUCGCCUCCAACCGCCAGACCCGGUUACAGGCGCAGAUGAAGCUGCUUAAGCGCGGACGGCGCAACCCGCUCUUCACCCGCAUCUCCAAGCAGCAGGACGAGCGCUACCACAACCAGUGCGAGCUCAUUUCCAAGCGUGCCGAAUACGCCGUGGCGUGCAUCAAGCGGGUGUCGCAAGGCGAGCGGCGCUCGGUGUGGCUGCAGUUCCACAAGGACAAGAACGCUGCCAAAAUGCGCAUGAUUUCCAAGCUCAACCAACAGCUGGCGCAAAUCAGACGGGAAUACUGCCAGUACAACCUGGAGCAGGUCAAGGUGGGCGCUGAGGUCACCGAUGCAUCGCUCGUUGACGUGGCCAUCACAGAGACAAAGCUGCCUGCAGUGCUGUUUGGCAAGCCCGCCCCUGCCACCCAGCAGGAGGCCUACAACGAUCUGGCAACCAUCCACGCCCAACACGCUCACAUUGAGCACCAGGCUCAGCUGGAGCGCACCGAAGCGUCGUUCGACCAGCAGGACUUUGAUCUGGUGCACUCGCUGGAGAACCUCAAAUACUCGAUUGAGGACGAGCGCGAGCGGGCUGAGGAAGCCUCUAAGGAGCACCAGCGAGAGGAGGCCCGCCGAGCAGAGCAGGAGAAGCGCGAACAGGAGCUGCAGCGAGAGCAGGAGAUUCAGCAGCAGAAACUGCACCAACAGCAGCUCAGACGGGAGGAAGAGGCCAGGGUGGCCCAGCAGGCUGCCAUGCAGCAACAGGCGGCCCAGGAGCGAGCAUACGAAGAGGACCGGCGCGAGCAGCAGCAAAGGGAGAUGGAGCGCCAGCGAGAGAUGGACUACCGGCGACAGCACGAGCGGUCGCUCUCGGGUCAAGGUAUGCCUCAACAGCAGCAGCAAGCUCAACAAGUGCAGGCACAGCAGGUACAGGCACAGCAAGCGCAUCAACAGCAGCAGCAACAGCAGCAGCAACAUCAGGCCCAGCAUCAGCAGCAGCAGCAGCAGCAGCAGCAACAACCACCAAUGCCCCAGCCCAUGGCUGCCACUCAAGGAGCAUGGACCAAUGGUGGCGCUCCUGGUGCCGGAGGAAGAAGGACUCCCCAGUCGCUACACAACCAACUGCCACCCCAGAUGCGCCAUCCCUCGCAUUCGCAUUCACAUUCGCAUUCUCAGAUUCCACCGCCACCUCCACAGACCGCUCCGGGAACGCCCGGCAGCCAGAAAAUGUACUUGCCUCCGCCCUCAAGCUUCCAGCAAGCGCCUCCGCCUCCUCCUCCCCAGGGCAACUUUUACCCGCAGUACGACAAGCCCAUGCUGCCUCAUCCUGGCCAGCCCCAGCAGCAACAGCCACCGCAGCAGGGUCCUCCCCCUCCCCACAUGGGCCAACAACAGCAUCCAGGACAUCCUCAGCAUCACCCCGGUCAUCCGCAACACCCCGCAGGAGGCUCGCCCCCAGGCCCGGGACAGCCACCGGGGGCAUACUCGCAGCAGAUGCCUCCUCAGUACUACCCUCCUCCUCCUCCUCCUCACAUGGGCUACCCUCCACAGGGAUACUAUCCUCCACGGGAGCACCAGGGCCCUCCUCCUCCUCUUCCUCCGCAUAUGCGUCCCGGUCUUCCGCAGCAUCAGCAUCAGGUCUACUACAAUGGGUCGCCUCAAUUGUACCAGGUGCCGCCGCUCCAACCUCCGCAGUAUGGACGACAAUUGCCUCCUCCUCCUCAGUGGUAUUAG